GCGGGACGGUUUUGGCCCGCGGGCCGCAUGUUUGUCACCCCAAAUUAUUUGACGCUCGAGACUACCAGCAGCCCGGCUUUUGUUUUGAAAUGAAUACCGGAAAUCUAUCUGUGCUCGCAGCAUCCAGAUACUGUUUUGUGUCGUGCCUGAAAGGACUGUGAAGUCUUGCAGCGGUUCAGACUUGAGGAGUGACAACUUACGAUGGCGAGUACUCCUCAUCUGGUGUCUCUUCACUCUUCCCGGUUCUGUAGACGGAAGCGACAGUCGCUGUGUUGAGCUCUUCGGCGUUAUAUUACCUCUCCCAGCACCAGCCCGACCACCAGAUCCUGCGAGGGCAGCUUGGAUAUUCAAGGACAUUUUAACGUUGCCAUAGAUACUUUGGCCUUUUCAGUGGAUUGAGGAAAUCCAGCGCGUGGUUCUCGGGCGCAACAAUGUGGCCAGAUUUUGUAAACACAGGAAGAAACACGGCGGCUGAUCUGUAACACUCUCAUGGAUUUAUCAUGUUAUACUGCUUGUCAUCUAUACAUGUCGCACCCGCAUCCCUUCCUCUGCCGAGGGGCCAAGUAAACGGCGACGGAGGGGAAAUCAUUUGCUGACUUUGGAUGCAUACGUCUUAAUUAUGGCAUCGUUUCCACGCCUUAUUAUUAAAUUAGCGACUGCUGCUUCGUGCUGAAAGAAACCCGUGUUGCAGAUGAAACAGUGACCCCCCCCCCCCCAUCAAACCCGGACAACGAGCGGAUGAACUUUGACUUGCUGAGUACUGUAGUGUGGUGAAGCCAGAGGUGCAUCCCUCCUGUGCAUCAGGUCCAGGACAGCUGAAGAGAGACAGGAAACGUGGGGAGCAGAGAGCGGGGGAAGACAUGCAGAAAAUGGUCAACCGGCAGGGAAUCGAACCGGCGACCCCUGCGACGAGGACUGUAGCCUCUGUAUGUGGGGCACCUUAGACCUCUAGGCCACCAGUUCCCUGAUGCCGAUAUUUAGAGAGCAGGAGCCAUCAAUGUGGACUGCAGCUGCUGAUUUGACAAGCCACAUAUAGGAGCUCUCUCCCCUGUCCCCUCUCCCCCUCCCUUCCCUCUGUCCCUCCUUCCUCCUUCCCCUUCCCUUAUCAAUCUUCUCCCCGAUCCCCCUUUCCCCCCUCCCAAAAGAUUCACCAUGCUUAUCAAGGAGUACCGCAUCCCCAUGCCCAUGAGUGUGGAGGAGUACCGCAUCGCCCAGCUCUAUAUGAUCCAGAAAAAGAGCAGAGAAGAGAGCUGUGGGGAAGGCAGUGGUGUGGAGAUCUUAGAGAAUAAGCCCUACACAGAUGGACCGGGUGGGACGGGCCAGUACACCCACAAGGUCUAUCACAUUGGCAUGCACAUUCCCAGCUGGUUCCGUUCCAUCCUGCCCAAAGCAGCGCUGAGGGUUGAAGAGGAGUCGUGGAACGCCUACCCUUACACCCGCACCAGAUACACCUGCCCCUUUGUGGAGAAGUUCUCCAUUGACAUUGAGACCUACUACAAGCCUGACACAGGCAACCAGGCGGACGUCUUCAACCUGUCUGCAGCAGAUAAGAGACAGAGGACCAUUGACCCAAUCGACAUAGUGACAGAUCCCAUCCCCCCACAUGAAUACAAAGUUGAGGAGGACACUCGGGUCUACAAGUCGAUGAAGACCCAGAGAGGUCCUCUGCAGGAUGACUGGAUAGAGGACUACAACAAUAACCCAGGGAAGACCCCCAUCAUGUGUGCCUACAAACUCUGCAAGGUGGAGUUUCGGUACUGGGGCAUGCAGUCUAAAAUUGAACGCUUCAUUCAUGAUGUGGGUCUUAGAAAGGUGAUGGUGCGAGCCCACCGGCAGGCCUGGUGUUGGCAGGAUGAGUGGUACGGUCUGACUAUGGAGGACAUCCGACAGCUGGAACUUGAAACCCAGCUGGCCCUAGCCACAAAGAUGGCCCAGUUCUGUCAGGCAGAGGAGGCCACUGAGGCCAAUGGAGAAGCUCCUUCUCCAGACAAAGAACAGGAGGUUAAAGAAGCCAUCAGCUCCAUCGAGACUGAGGAUGUGGUCGUCAGCUCAGCAGGAGACACGCUUCAGCCACGAGGUGUGCUGACCAAGCAGUGGUCCACUUCAUCCCGAUCGUCCCGCUCAUCCAAGAGAGGAGUGAGUCCAUCACGUCAUAGCCUCUCAGAGUGGAGGAUGCAGAGCAUAGCGCGAGACUCAGAAGACAGCUCUGAUGAGGAGUUCUUCGACGCUCAUGAGGAUUUCUCAGAUAGCGAGGAGGUCCACCCGAAGGAAAUCGCCAAGUGGAACUCCAACGACCUCAUGGACAAGAUUGAAGCUGCAGACGCAGACGAAACUCCUGGUGAGCUGUUCAAAGAAAUGACCGUAGACUAUGAAAGAGCUGCAAGUGAGGACAGGCUAGAUGAGGAGAGCUCAUCCCAGCAGUGUCUGCAACCCUCAAAGAUCCAUGUGCUGAUUUUGGUUCUGCAUGGAGGGAACAUCCUAGAUACAGGCGGAGGGGACCAGAACAGCAAGCAGGCCGACGUCAACACCAUCAGCGCGGUUUUUGACACAGUCAUGCGUGUUCACUACCCCGCUGCACUGGGACGCAUCGCCAUCCGCUUGGUACCGUGCCCUGCCAUCUGUGCCGAGGCCUUCUCCCUGGUGUCCAACCUGAGCCCAUACAGCUACGAUGAGGGCUGUUUGUCCAGCAGUCAGGACCACAUCCCCCUGGCAGCCCUCCCCCUCCUUGCCACCUCUGCGCCACAGUACCAGGAAGCCAUAGCAACUGUCAUUGUCAGGUCCAACCAGGUGUACACAGACUUUAUUAAGUCUCUGGAUGGGGCGGCUUUCUCCGGCCAGGUUUGCGUCAUUGGAGACUGUGUGGGAGGAAUCUUAGGAUUUGAUGCACUUUGCAGUAGCAAUCAGACAGUUAAUGAAAGCCAGAACAGCAGUCGCAGAGGCAGCGUGGUCAGUGUGCAGGACCAGGACCUUCUCUCACCUGGCAUCAUUGUCAACAGCGGGCAUGGUUCAGCUUCUCCAACACUGGAGGGCAGCCGUCACCUCAGCCGUAGUAAUAUUGACAUUCCUCGUGCGGGAGCAGCUGAUGACAGCAAGAAACAACUGCCACGCAAAAGAAGCGACUCCUCCACCUACGAAUUGGACACAAUAAAACAACACCAGGCCUUUUUGACCAGCUUACACUCCAGUGUCUUACGGAACGACUCAGCCUCACGCAGAUCGAGCAGCAGCACGAUGCUGGAUGGAAGCUCCCUCGGGAAGUUUGACUUUGAGGUGUCCGACUUCUUCCUCUUUGGCUCUCCACUAGGAUUGGUGCUUGCCCUGAGGAAAACCGUGAUUCCUGUGCUGGAUGUGGCCCAGCUGCGGCCUGCCUGUCAGCAGGUUUAUAACCUGUUCCACCCCGCUGAUCCUUCAGCCUCCCGCCUGGAGCCUCUGUUGGAGAGGAAAUUUCACCUUCUGCCUCCAUUCAAUGUACCCCGUUACCAACGGUUUCCCCUGGGAGAUGGAAACUCUGCCCUACUGGCGGAUGUUGUUCAGUCUCAUGGUGGUGUCUUCAUGGACAGUUCGUACCCCUCAUCCCCCGUAACGGGCCCCUUCUCCCGGGGCCAGCGGAGGGCCAGUGAGGUCAGCAUUGCCAGCCAGGUCUCAGGAAUGGCAGACAGUUACACUGCCACCAACAUAGCCAACACCAAAUCAUACCAAAUUAACCAAUCCAAAAAGUUCAGCCUCUUAUCCCAACUUGCACUCUCAUCACAAAGCAAAUUCUCCCUGAAAAGUCCUCCAAAGUCUCGUAAGAAAGCAGGCACUGACCAGGCUGCAGGAUCUCCAGAUGUUGACUUAGAGGCUGAGCUGGAUAGUGAGACCAGUGAAGGUUUCGGUCCCAUUGUCCCGUAUGAGAAUUGCCCGUCAGCCGGGCUGGACACUGCUAUAUCUGAUCUAGUCUCACUGGACUCCCAGGCUGAAGUGGACCAAGUUGCAGCCCGCUGGUGGGGAACAAAGCGGCUGGACUUUGCCCUAUACUGCCCCGAUGCUCUGACAGCUUUCCCCACAGUGGCUUUACCACAUCUCUUCCAUGCAUCAUACUGGGAGUCCACGGAUGUUGUGUCUUUUCUCUUAAGACAGGUCAUGAGGCAUGAAAACUCAAGCAUCCUAGAGCUUGAUGGGAAAGAAGUAUCUGAAUUCACCCCCUCCAAACCUCGAGAGAAGUGGCUCCGCAAGAGAACACAUGUGAAGAUUAGGAAUGUGACAGCCAACCAUCGAGUAAAUGAUGCUGUGUUCACCGAAGACUCCCAGCAGGUGGUGACAGGACGUUUCAUGUACGGCCCCCUGGACAUGGUCACUCUGGCCGGGGAGAAGGUUGAUCUCCAUAUAAUGACCCAGCCUCCAUCAGGAGAGUGGGUCUACUUCAACACAGAGGUGACCAACAGCAGCGGCCGCGUGUCCUUUAUCAUCCCAGACGACAAACGUCUGUGCAUCGGGGUUUACCCUGUCAAAAUGGUUGUCAGAGGUGACCACACAUUUGCCGACAGCUACCUGACAGUUAUUCCACGUGGCACAGAAUUUGUGGUGUUCAGCAUCGACGGGUCAUUUGCUGCCAGCGUGUCAAUCAUGGGCAGUGAUCCCAAAGUGCGUGCAGGAGCUGUAGAUGUUGUCAGACACUGGCAGGAUUUAGGUUAUUUGAUCAUCUAUGUGACCGGGCGGCCAGACAUGCAGAAGCAGCGGGUUGUGGCUUGGUUGUCUCAACACAACUUCCCCCAUGGAAUCGUCUCCUUCUGUGACGGCCUGGUCCACGAUCCUCUCCGACACAAGGCCAACUUCCUUAAGACCCUUACCGAGGCUCACAUGAAGAUUUUCGCUGGCUAUGGAUCAACCAAAGACAUAUCAGUCUACACUGCCAUUGGCCUCCCUUCCUCCCAAAUAUAUAUUGUUGGUAGACCUUCUAAGAAGCUGCAGCAUCAGUGCCAGUUCAUCACAGAGGGAUAUGCAGCUCAUCUGUCCCAGCUGGAGUACAACCACCGCUCUCGACCUGCAAAGUCCAGCAGUGCUCGCAUGGUGCUACGCAAAGGCAGCUUCGGCUUAGGUGCAAACAGCGACUUUCUAAGGAAGAGGAACCACCUGCUGCGCACUAUUUCCUCCCAGCCGGCCCCCAGCUCCCCGACAGGCAGCAUCCACAACAGACCGGAACGCACACAGAGCCAGUCUGAUGGUGAUCGGCUAGAGCGUCUGGAAAGCAUUCACAGCCACGGCCCAGGAGCAACACAGCGCAGCAUGAGCAUCACUGCCAGCUGCUGGGGCCGCAGCAGCAGCACCAAGCUUGAACCAGGCGUACUCAGCCCCAAAUGAGAUCAGGGAGAGUGCUGAGGAGAAGACUUAAGAAAAAGACAAAUACAAAGAGUGACAAAAGGUUGGCUCGUCCCUGAUGGGUAGAUACUACAAUGAAAACAGUAGGUGCUACAAACCACUCUUUAUAAACUAACGCCAGUCACACUCCACACAAGUAUUUAUGAACAGAGGUUACGGCUUUUAUUAAACAGAAAAAACACACAAAAAAACACACAGAAAGCGCAAAAGGCAUUUGAAGGAGCAUCUUCCUGAGACAGGAACCUGAACACAAGUAGACAUAGUGAAUAACUGUAGUAAUCUAGACUGUUUCUCAUGUUAAGAAAUAUAAUCAUCAGGAUGGAAUACAAGGAUGCUUUUCUGCCUUUAGAUUGGAAAUGGUUACACAUACAGGCACCCUGAUGAAAGACACGCAGUCUGUAUCAGGUCCGAGUGCUGAUACUGCACUGUAACUGACUGCUGUGGCCACUGCAAGCACAAAAACUAUUAUAGAGAUGAACUGGGUGCAAAAUGGUUUAAAUCUGUGUUCUUUUUAUGUUGAGAUCAGAUUGUUUCAUGUCUGUGAGCUAAGCUGAGGAGUAUAAAGUAAAACUGGACUGAGUGUUCUUACUUUGCACAAAAUUGAUCUUUGGGAAACACAUUAUUUAUCAAUGUUUAAGAUAAUGUAUUGGUGUUCUGUGAGCCAACUGAUGAUUUGACCGCUUCUACACUUCUAGUUUUUAUGGACAGAAACAACUUAAUGAUAAUCUCUGGACAAUUCAGUCCAGUUUUACUUGUUUCUUGUUGUUCCUCAGACCAAAGAAUCCUCAGAAAAUUCCAUGAAGCAAGCCACUAAAUUACCCUUUAACUAUGUUUUCAGCAAAAACUGUUCCUGAGCUUUAUAGCAAAUCACCAUUAGUGUGCUGCUGUAGCUUCCUGAAUCAGAAGGACUCAGCUAUAGGGAAAACUCCUCCUACUGUAUGGUUAAUGUGCCAAAGUACAUAAACAGUCAAGAGUGAUAUGCUGUACAUGAAAGGAGAGGAAGGGUUGGGGUAUCCUGUGUAAAAAUGGAAUACAUUGUAAGUAUGUAUCUGAAUGCCUUAACAAGGCUUGUACAUAGUUGUUAUUCUACAGUGCAGAUCUGGUAUCUGGUCCACUGAAGACCAGUUUCAAGUGUCUUCUUUACUCUGGGGGUAAACACCACCUCAUUCAGGAUACACUUUAUUGAUUAAUGAUUAUAAUUAUUGUUAUUUAAGAUAAUAGAUAUUUUAAAAUGUAUGGAUUUUGUGAACAAAAUGUGUUUUAAGAUUACUUUAAGGUGUUUUUGUUUUCCUUUCAAACUUCAGUUGCAACAGCCAAAACUCAAAGAGGUCUUUGCCUUGCACAGUAUUGUAUUUUUAUUAUUUUAUCUUAAAAGUCACCAGAGUUGUAUCAACAGAACUUCUAUCUUGUGACAUAUAUAUUAUGUUUGUUAUUAUCUAUUUGGGAAAUUUGGGAUAUGGCUUCUCUCUGGUUAUCCCUAAGCUGUAAAUGAGGCAUUGAAUGUGUUCAUAGAUAAUCCUCCUUAGGUUAAGAUCUCAUUUCUGCUCUGCUGCAUCUUUAGAGGAAGGCAGUUCUGCAAAUUGUAAAUUCUGUACGAUAUGCUGUCAACAGUAGGAACACAGAGCUAAGAUUUACUUUAUGCUGUUUGCCAUUUAUGUCUCAGAAGGGUAAUGGGUUGUGAUUUAUUCAUUGAAAUGAUGAUUAUCUGUCCCUCGAAUAGGCAUGUACAGAGCUGAGUGCAAUGGACCAAUGGUGGCCUAAAUGUAAGGGGAAACGUGCAAUAUUAUUUAACCACACCACAAGAUAAAACAAAAAACGUGAAGGGAAUUUCACAGCAUUGACAAUCAGUUCAAUCGGCACAUACUCUGAACACAUCCCACCUUUCAGGAAACACACAGGUACAUCUGAAGUAUGCCUGGUCUAUCCAACACUAGAGAUUAGACCCCUGACCAAAAGAUGAUGUGAAAUAUUACAGGUUUCCGCCAGUCAACAGGCUCUUCACUCUUUUUUGAGGAUAUUUCCAUCCCAACACAUUGGAGAUGAAGAAAUGUUAUGACUAUUAUUUAAUGGGCUUUUUCAGGACUGUGUUGAGAGGAUAUAAUAGAGGAGAGAGUGGGGAAUGACAUGCCACAAAGGGAUUUGAACCUGGGCCACCCGCUUUAACGACUGUAGCCUCUGUACACGUGAUUUAACCACUGAGCUUAGCUGGCACUCCUAGAUGAAGAAACUUUAACAUUCAGAAGUGACUCAAAUAUAAUCUUUUUUUUUUUUUUUUUUUUUUUUUUUACACCUUCCUGUCCAAAAUAACACAGUUGUUUAACAGGUUUUACCUCCAAGAUGGUUUUAUGGCCAGCUUUUAGAGAGGUUCGGCUUUAUAGGCAUAUUAGAAACUGUAGUUUGCUGUACUGUUCAGUUGUACUGUGUAAUAUUAAGAGAUGUUUGUAAUAUUUUCUCCAUCCCUUUUAUACUAGUGACUAUUCCAGUAAAGAUGGGUGCGAUUACAAA